UUUGAAUUUAAAAAACAUUCUUGCGUGAAGUUUAUGUAUUUCCUAUUACUUGAGUUCACUUAGAGCGUUAAAAAUGCAGGCUAGCAACGAUUCCCUGUCUGUCUUGGCACCGAAUAUGAGUGGAUCACCAGCUGUUUUACUAACUCCAGGUCGUACUAGAAACAUUGCUCAAGAUAUGGAAGCGUUACGGCUUUCGAGACAAGACAAUCCGUAUUUGCAGCAAGUUAUGGCGAGCAGAGAGAGUUUGAUCGAGAGUCAUGCUGAGGAGUGUGAGUCUGACGAUACUAUAUUAAUUAACGAACGCUAUCAGGAAUUUGGUAGUGCCGCAUUGGAUUUUGUUGAAGAUGAUCCAAUGACUCUUAAAGAAGUUCACGAACAUUUAAUUAGAUCCCCUCCACCUACAAGUUGCUGGCCACAUGAUUCACUGUCUUACCGUGCCUCCAGCGCGUUCGACUUCGCUGAUACACCAGUAUCGUAUAGCGCUUGCUCGGUCAAUUCCCAGGAGAAGGAAUUGCUACACUUCCGUUCACCACGCCGCGGAACGAGGAGUGAGGAGUCGAAGAACAACACUCCGAGUAGACCGAGGUCAUCCCGGUCGGUGUCCCCGAGGUCACAUGACCUCGCCUUGUGCGGUCGACCUUUGUCCUUACCAGGUGAAAGUCACCUCCGAUCAGCUCUCAGUAAAAAACCGAGCGCUCAACAAACAGAUAGAUUUUCCAUCCUUCAACACCCGAGACCCUUGCGACGGCCACACACCAGCCGAAGAGACGAAGACAGCGUUAAACUUGUACAAGACUGCGACAAGUAAGGCACACAGUAAUUCUUGUAAAGUACAAGUAUUCUUGCCAUUAAUAUUGAUUCAUGCAAGUAUCCUUGACUGUGUAACAAACAGUCUUGCAAAUUCCUACUUUGCAAUAUUCUUGCAAUUAAUGAGCAAUUAUUGUUAAGAUGUAGCAACUGUGCAAGCGGGGCUUGGAAUUUUUUGAAAAUUCUUGCGGUGCAAUGUCGAUUGAAUAUUUAUGAUUCAAGAAUCAUGCAAGUUUGUAGUUGUCUAAGCUGUAUUCUUGCAUAAAACAUACAAACAAAAA